AUGAGCGGGCGCGGCGACGUGCAGGUGCUGCGGCUGUGCCGACGGCUGCGGGCGCGGCUCGCGCCCCCCGCCGCCUCGCCCGCCUCGCCCCCGCCGCCCCUAUCGCACGGCGCACAGAUGGCCGUGCACUGCACCAUUGGUCUGCUGUUCUUAGCGGGUGGUCGUGCCACGCUCAGCACAUCCAAAACUGCUGUGGCCGCCCUUCUCAUUGCCUUCUUCCCUAAAUUCCCUACACACAGUGAAGACAACAGGUACCACCUGCAGGCGUUCCGGCACCUGUACGUGCUGGCGGUGGAGGCGCGACUCCUGCUCCCGCGAGACCUCUCCAGCGGGAAGCUCUGCUACGCCCAUCUGCAGGUUAUAGACCUCCAAGGUGUGGUGAAAGAAAUGAAGGCGCCAUGCAUCAUACCAGAGCUUAACACGUUGAAAGAAGUGAGGAUUAAUGAUCCCAGAUACUGGCCAAUCGUUUUCCAGAGGGAUCAGAACUGGGACUUACUGGAGACGGUGCUGAAGUACACGUGGUGCGUGGACAUAAAGCAGCGCGCGGGCUGCCUCUCGUACGUGUCGGACCCGCUGGGCUUCCUCACCAUCCUGGCGCAGACGCUCACGCUGGACAAGACCAACAUCUGGCUCGCCACGCCCGAGAACAUCGAGCUGUUCACCAACGACGAGAAGGUGCGCGGCUUCGUCAAGCGCUACCUCGGCUCCGACGCGGAGGGCAGCGGCGUCUGCGCCAGCUGCCUGCUCGCCGGCCGCAGGGCGGGCGGCGUAGCGGCCGGCGUAGCGCGCCGCUGCCGCUGCCGCCGCUACGGCGUAGAGGAGCAGCACCACGUGCAGGCGCUCAGCAUGCUCACCUACGAGUGCCUGGUCAAGGACGUGCUGUGCGCACUGCCCGUCUGGACCACCUUCCUGCAGCUAAUAAAGUGCAUGAAGACGGAGCCGAGCUCGUACCAGGUGUGGCAGGUGAAGCUGCUGCUUGCCCAGGUGGAGAGCCAGGCGCGGCUGGCCAGCGCCGAGAUGAAGGUGGACGGCGAGGAGUCUGGCAGCGAUGGCCUCAUCUCGAUAGAGUUCGCGAUGGCGCUCAAGCAGCGCGUAGCCGCCGCCCUGGACGAGUGGGGCGGGCGCGUAGGCCCUCUGCUACGCCGCUACGCGGGCCUCGCCGCCCCAGCCGCUCCGCCCGCCCCGCACCUGCGGCGGCUGCUCGCCGCCUACGUGCUCUACCACGAGGUGGGUGCCGCCCGGCGCGCUGGCGACGCCCGGCGGCGUGGCAGCGCUGGCGUGUGGCAGCUCGCCGCUGUCGGCGGCGGCCGUGGCAGCGCUGGCGCCGCUCGUCAGCUGAUGGCGGGACGCGCGCGCCGCGCCGCGCACGCGCCUCUGACGCGGCCUCGCAGCGCCCCUCCGACGCCCCGCGCCCGCGAGGCGCCGCAC